CUACGGCUGCAAAACCACUGAAGCUUAAUGGCGUCCUUGUGCUCAGAUUAGCUGUUCCCUUUCCCUCCUCCUCCUCCUCUCCCCCACCCCCCGUCCACCCCACCUUCUUCCUUCCUAAGGGGAGGGGAGAGGAGGGAAGAAAAGAAAAAGCAGCGGCGGCAAGGAAGCGACCAGGCGCGCUGGCGAGACUCGCCUUCGCUGGGAAAGGCGGGCAGGCACGCAGCGGCGGAGUCGCCACAAUGCGCAAGGCGCCAACACCCUGGAAAGGCUGCCCGACGAACUGAGCCGCGAGCGGCAGUGCCCGGUCCAUGCAAACGGCGGGAGCUGCAGAGCGCGGGAGGCGCCCGCUGGGAAGAAGCGGCAGCGCCAGGAGCCUUUCCUCUUCCCAAGAGCAUCAGCAGCAGGCGGAUUAUUCUGCAAUGACUACAGCAAGAUACAGACCUACUUGGGACUUGGUGCUUGAUCCUCUUGUGUCAUGUAAGCUCUGUCUUGGAGAGUAUCCAGUGGAGCAGAUGACAACAAUAACACAAUGCCAGUGCAUCUUCUGUACUCUGUGCCUGAAGCAGUAUGUGGAACUUUUGAUCAAGGAAGGUUUAGAAACAGCAAUUAGCUGCCCUGAUGCUUCCUGUCCAAAGCGAGGUCAUCUACAAGAGAAUGAAAUUGAGUGUAUGGUUGCAUCAGAAAUUAUGCAGAAGUAUAAGAAACUACAGUUUGAAAGAGAAGUACUUCUGGAUCCUUGUCGAACUUGGUGCCCAUCCUCCUCCUGCCAAGCCGUUUGCCAGCUGCAGGAAUCGGGACCUCAGAAUCCCCAGCUGGUACAGUGCAAAGCUUGCGACAUAGAGUUUUGUUCAGCAUGCAAAUCCAAUUGGCAUCCAGGACAAGGCUGUCAGGAAAAUAUGCCAGUCAGCUUCCUUCCCGGGGAGACAAGCUCUGUUUAUAAAAUGGAAGAAGAUGAUGCUCCCAUCAAGCGCUGCCCAAAAUGCAAAGUUUAUAUUGAACGAGAUGAAGGCUGUGCCCAGAUGAUGUGUAAAAACUGUAAACAUGCCUUUUGCUGGUAUUGUUUGGAAUCACUUGAUGACGACUUUCUCCUUAUACAUUACGACAAAGGGCCAUGCCGAAACAAGCUAGGUCAUUCUAGGGCAUCAGUUAUUUGGCACAGAACACAGGUUGUUGGGAUCUUUGCGGGAUUUGGCCUGUUACUGUUAGUGGCAUCUCCUUUUCUUCUCCUUGCCACCCCUUUUGUUCUUUGCUGCAAGUGCAAGUGUAAUAAAGGAGACGAUGACCCACUACCGACCUAGACCAAGCAAAGGUGGACUGCUCAGCGUUGCAGGACGUUUCUUCCCCUUUUUGCACUUAAGAUUGCUACAGCCUUACUUGCCCUGACCCCAGCUUCAAGCAAGACUGAGGUGCCACGACUCGAGAAAUUGCAGCUGCCACAGUUUCCUGCCCACAGACUGGAUUACGGAGAACAAGGCAUUCUGGUGUGUUCACGGUCUGGCAUGAAGCAGGUUGAACAUCAAAGAUGGAGUGGAGCAUAACACAAGUUAUUCCUUGUUCACCCACAGACUCGGAACUGAGAUAUCGCACCAUCAAAACAGGAGUCUCCACAUAUCUGUUUGCAUCAAAAAGGAGGUGUCUUACCGCUGAUUCUGUUUUUAAGAAACACCACUUGAAAUCGGUCCAUUUAAAUGUGACUCUAGAGACCCGUUUAUUAAAACGAAUCAAAAACUAGUCAAUAUUUGCCAUGGGCUGGAUGCAGCAGCGACAGCUAAGCUCAUGCAGCAGGACUCCUACUUGCACAGGAGGACUUUUCCAACCCCUCCUCCCCCUUGCAGCUUCUUGUGUGCCCCCCAGAGCUCCUGGAAAGUUGCCCAACUCUCUGGAGCAGAUUGUGGGGACACAUGUAGGAGUGCAGUGGGGAAGGGGAAAUCCAUUCCACCCACAUUUUCCCUUCCGCUGGCGGAACAACAGCAUCCUAUACAACUGGAUAGGGAAGCAUCUCAGUGUCCUUGCACCAAUCUCACACAUGAAAUAGUAGCGGUCUAGUAGAGUACAAGUAGGCCAUCUGAUGCCUUCUGACUUUUCAAAGACAAUAGAUAUCAUUUCUGCCUACUAACCUGUUGGGGAACUGUGUGAGUUCUUUGUGUGGCUGUGUAUUUGUUUUUAAACUUGCAAGCUUUUUUGAAAUGAGGUUGAGCUAUAUGACAAAACCUGCUACCAAACCAAGGCUCUUUUUAAAAAGUUGGUAUUCAUUACUCUUUGAAAUUAGUUUUUUUUUUUUCAGGCUAGAUUUUGUUUUACUUGUUCAUUAGCUAUCUGCUACAUAAAUAGGGCUACCUCUAACCAAGUAUCUUUGUAUGUACAUUUAGAGAAAAUUCUGUUUAAACCAAAUGUGCAAAUAGAUGCUUUUCUGAAUGUUGUAAAGGUUCAAGGCACAUGACUCAUCAGUUCUGCCACCAGGUACUAAUAUAAAGAAGCCACGGUGCUGAUCAUUUCCCACAUACUUGUAGAUACUGCUCUGCGAAUAAUACGGAGUAGACAUCUUACCCAGAGGAACUUGUUUUCUUUCAUCAUCCUCUCUAACUAUCCCUUGGUGUACACACUGGCCAUGAUACAAAUUAGAAGAUCUUUGCUAUAUGCUGUUUUCCCCCAGUACUCCGUCCUCAGGGACUCACAGAGGGAAUUGGAGGAGUGUAUGGGGUGCAAAGGGUCUCCUCUCUUUUGCAAUGGCUAUCAUACACCAAAGAACUGCUGGGAAGAGGGAAGGGGUUCAUGGAACCUUGUCCAUAUUGAACCCAGUGUACUGAGCUGUAUCCAUACUGGGAGAAUAAUGCCCCCAAAUUACUCCAUCCUAUAAAGUAUGCAAAAAAAUUAAUUCAAAAGGGUUCUGCUGUAUGGUUGUGUUGUUCCAAUUAAUAGAUCUGCAGUGGUAAUAUGUACAGCCUGUUAAGAGUUACGCAUGUUUAGUCCACCUUAAAAACAUUAUUUGAUACUGUAUGAUAACUGUGGUAACAGAACUAGUUUUAAAGCUACAUUCUGUCCAUCUUCUAUGUUUGUAUGCUUUAUUAUUGCCCUGGCUCUCGUGUAAAUUGAAGUGCUGUAAUUCUCCCAAGGGAGUAUAACGUAGACAUCAAUGCACUAUUGAUACUCAACAUCAUUAGUUUCUGAUACUUGGAGUGAAAGCUAUAAACAAUGUAGAUUUCCAAACUAGGAAGAGAUAGCAUCUAAAAAUGUAUAACCAUGUGAAAUCUGAAGAACAAGAGAAAAGUGGGGUGGGGGGGCAAUUAAGAUGCAUGUUGUAAAGGUUCAAGUCCAGAUAAAUAGCCAUUUCAGGAUGAAAUAUAUAGUACUUUGAAUUGGGGGAAUUUGCAUGCCUCUAAAGCAUACCUGAUCUCUGGCAUCCCCAGAAGCCAGAAAAUUAAUCCACUUGACCAUGGUCUGUACUGCAGGGGGAAAGAGAACUUAACUUUAUCCAUUUUUGUACUUCUGGUUUUAUCUUAAUAUCCAAUAAAAUACAUAUUAAGCUAUUGCCACAAUGCACCUCAGACAUUGUGUUGUUCCCUAGUGUUAGAAGCCACACAUGAUAUCAGGGUAUGUCUCCUCCUAAUCGUUGGGUUCAGUAGCCUGCCAUAGAAUGUAUAUUAUGUAUUUAAUCCUAUGCCAUGUUUCCACCCCUUCUAUUAUAACCAACAAUGGUAGCAGAUUCACUUUGCUGGAUUCCCUCCUUCUCAGCCCUUAGAUUAACUGAGUCAACAAGCAUCAGUGAGAUCUGGUAGCAGCGCACUCAUUUCUGUUCCUUUCUUUCCAGUGCCAUUUUUUCUAAUCCUGGUUUAUGGGGACAAAGGUGAUCAUUGUCUGGUUUGCACUGGAGGAAGAAAGACUUAAACCUCCUCAUGCACAGAAGUUCUGAUUUUGAUCUCCACUGCCACCACCAUUUCUACUAUCAAGCAAAUAAUAACAACACUACAUAUUUUAAUGCGGCAUGUACUCUUACCAGUUUAUGGGCGAGUGCGUAUGUGCACACAACCUCCAGGGACAUUCUGCCAAUCUAAUUACUACAACUCUCUCGAGUUAAAUCUUGCCCAAAGAAAUGCACCUAGUAUAACCCUCAUAUUGCUGUGAUGAUCCUGCCUUUGGAAGCGGUACUCUUCCUGUCACAGCACUUCUGAUUCCUUAAAUAACACUUGUAAUCAAGAAAAAGUUUCACAGCUUGCAAUCAGCUACACAUCACUCCUAUCAGACAUAUUACCCUGCAUUUUAAGUGUGGGUCUUUCCUUGAGUUAGAUAGUUGCCAUGUGCUAGAAAUUAACUGAUGGUUACUCUAUCAGGGAGCAAUGUAAUAGAGACAUAUUUAAAUGUUAAAUUCAAAGCCCCUCUAUAGGAAUACAGAAUUUUCAUUUUAAUAUAAUUCUGAGUGCUUUUGAAUGAAAACUGAGUAUCACCUAAUAUCACUUCUACUACAUUUCCCUACUGUUACUUAGGUGCAUUGUCUUAAAUCCCUUUUUAAUGGAAAGUUAAAUAACUUGCAUUUCUGGACAUUUUCUCUGUCUAAACCUGUAUCGGGUUGCACCGUUAGUGUAUUUUUUAAUUGAGCUGUGUCCAUGUGGGGCUGAGCAAGUCCUUUUGACUGCGUCUUAGUUUGACCCACCUGUAAAGAAAACCCACUUUGCAAGCAUGCGGUGAGUGAUCUGUCAAGUUUCUAUGGAAAGCAGCUAGGGCAGCGUUUCAGUUCUUUUCUCGAACCCUUUCAGUGCACAACAAUCACAAUAUUUCAGGUCAUGGAAGCAAAGCAAGACAUGUUGAAAUUGAACCAAAAAACAAAAAUAAACUUGUAUGUGAUUUUAAAGGUUUGGCAGAGGGGGAAAAAACCAAAUUAUUUUAAAGAUACGUACCAAAUUCUUUCCUGCUGAAUUUUAGUGUGGAUUCAAGUUCUGAAUGUUAUGAUCUUAUUUCUAGAGCAUCACAAAGGCUCUAGAAAUAAGCCCCUCACACAUGUUCAUUUCCAGAAUCUGUUCACAUAUUGUCCAUUGCAUGGUUUGUUGCGGUUUCUAGUUCCCAUGUUUUUCUUGUCCAGUUGCCUAUGGGUAUGAGUAUGCACGCAUGCUAAUAGUUAUGGUUUUCAAGCCUUGUUAUCAUGCCAAGAUCCUUUGGGGGGGUUGCUUUAAUCAAUAUGCCAAUAAGCUUCUGUCCAUUGGUAAGUUGUAAAGUGUGUGUGUGUAGAUGUGAAUGGAAAAUUUCUGCAAAUUAUACUGGUACCAAUUCAAAAAGGAAAAAAAAGACAUUUUCUAUGUUAAGCAGAGAAGAAAGUGAAGGUAUACAGGAUAAAGCCAAGCCAUGGAAUGAAAGUGUCUCUCUACUUAUUGAGUAUCUAUUAAUACCUCUUAAAACUACAGACUGACCAAUCUUGAUAGGAGGUCUUGGUCAGUGUGUGUAAGAACAUGACAUGGCUUAGUUUUAUGAAGAAGUCUCUCCCAGGCUGGGUCUUUACUUUUACUGAAGAUGGACAACAACAGAGAUAGCUGAUGUUUUCCUACAAUUAUGCUUGCUUGCUAAUACGCUCCCAUAAAGUAAAAGCCUGCCAUUUGCAUUUAAAGCCCCAUGGUGGUCCUUGCUUUGUUAUGUAUGUAAUUCAUCAAAAGAGGCCAGGAAUACUAGGUACAGGUGUGCGCCAUAUAACUGAACCUUUCUCACUCAUUUUAUUAUGGGAGUAUUCUUACCCUUGCAUAGAGAAGCACGGAAGAGUCAUGUGUAUGUAUAAAUUAUGUAUUUGGCUAGUCUAAAAAUAACAACAAAUUUUGUUUCUGUAUUUGAAAUGUAACUACAUUUUGUGCCACUAACACUGUGAUGUACAAAAGAGCUGUUGAAUGCCUUUGAAUGUUGUUUUGUACUUUGAAGCAUAUUGAAGAGGUUUAUUUGUAAUUUCAAUAGAUAUUUUAAAUGAA